ACAGAGCGACCACCUUGCAAAUAAAAUCACUGAAUGACAUUUCGACUCUUCGUUAAACAUUCUAAAAGAAAGAACGUCCUGUCUACGCUAAUUCACUAACAACUACUGAGGACAAGCAGAAAAUAUUAGAAAAAUUACGAAAUGGAAAACGUUACAGAUGUGUGGUACGGCCCAUUACCGGCUGGUUCACCGUAUGUCAAGCCACUGCGGUUGCACUAUGUUCGAAAUGGUGUCGAAAAGUUUUGGGAUUUAGUUGAUGUACAGGACAGUGUUUGCAUCAUAAUUUACAAUAAAACGACAAACAAACUAGUCUUCGUGAAGCAAUUUCGACCAGCUGUGUACUAUGGAGUCAUCAAGGAAAUGGGUUGCAAACACGACGACAAAAUCGAAUUAGAAAAGUAUCCGGCUAAAUUGGGAAUUACUCUGGAACUGUGUGCAGGAACAGUCGACAAAAAUUUGCCAUUAAACGAAAUUGCGAGGGAGGAGGUGUUGGAAGAGUGUGGCUUCAACGUACCGGUAGAUAGAUUAGAGACAGUGAUGACCCACAAGUCUGGCGUUGGUGCGAGUGGUGCAAAUAUGACUAUGUUCUAUUGUGAAGUCACUGAAGUUGAUAAAGUUAACAGUGGUGGAGGUGUCGAUGAUGAGAUCAUCGACGUCAUUGAACUGUCAAUGGAUGAGGUCAAAGAGAUGGUCAAACAGGGGGCCAAAAAUAUUAGUCCACCCGCUUGUCUACUGGGUAUACUGUGGUUUCUACAUAACAAAUGUCCGAAAUGAUAAAAUCGGCUCAUCAAAUUUUUAACUUUGUUAUGCAAUUUGUAUUGUAAUUUGAGUGAAAAAUAUGAAAUUAGAAGUUAUUGCGGUCCGAUGUUCGUUUCAGA